CAGCAGCAGGCAGGAUACAGAUUCAGAGGGACAGUUUCUUCUUUUCCCUUCCAGGAGUCUUUGUAUCUAGGGAGACAGGACAGAGAAGGCAGCAGAGAGCCUGAGGCACUCACUACCUGCUGGAGAGGCAUUGGAUUUGGGCUGGAAAGUGUUGAAGAAAAACCUGCAUCUACCCACAGAAAAGCACUGGAUUGCAACAAGGAAGCUGAGUAGGGUCCAAGGGGUGCUGUCCUCUGUACAGACAGAGUGUAUGAAAGCAAAGCUGAAUUUAGUUGUAGAAAAUAAAAUGAUUUUCUUCCAAAGAAAUCAAUUGAUAUAAAAUUUUAUCUCGGCUACACUCAAGAUGCAAGAUGUGCAGGGCUGCUGUUUUGAGGUCUCCCCAGUGUCCCCGCGCAUCAGGAAGACUGCGAUGGGAAUGGGUGUGACCCCGAGGUGUCCUGUCACUCAUUGCCUCUGCCGGGAUCCUCCUUCGGACGUUGGAAAGCUGCACCGCCUGGUGGUUGCCUCCAGGAGGCCGGCCGUGAUCUGAAGGCAAUGGAUGAGGGCCGCCCAGGGGGCCCUGACCGCAUGCUUGCCAGGGUCUAGUCGAGGGACACCCUUCCUGGACCCUGGCCUCCUGGGAUGCCCCGGCCUGGACGCCCCCUGAUUCCCGAGUGACGAUGGUGCGCCGGGGGCUGCUCGUGUGGGUGUCUCGCGUGGCGGUGCUGCUGCUGCUGCUCUGCUGCGCCGUCUCGGUCCUGUACAUGCUGGCCUGCACGCCCAAGGGCGACGACGAGCGCCUGGGGCUGCCCAGGGCCAACGGGCCGACGGGCAAGGACGGCUACCAGGCCGCGCUGCAGGAGUGGGAGGAGCAGCACCGCGACCACGUGGGCAGCCUGAAGAGGCAGAUCGCGCAGCUCAAGGCCGAGCUGCAGGAGCGCAGCCAGCAGCUGGCGGAGGGGCAGCAGUCCCGGGGCCCCCCGGAGAGGACGCAGGCCGACCUCCUGGCCUUCCUGCGCUCCCAGGUGGACAGGGCCGAGGUGCACGCUGGUGUCAAGCUGGCCACCGAGUACGCCGCGGUGCCCUUUGACAGCUUCACUCUGCAGAAGGUGUACCAGCUGGAGACCGGCCUGACCCGCCACCCCGAGGAGAAGCCCGUGCGGAAGGAUAAGCGCGAUGAACUGGUGGAGGCCAUCGAGUCGGCCUUGGAGACCCUGAACAGCCCUGCGGAGAGCAGCCCGAACCAGCGCGCAUACACGGCCUCGGAUUUCAUAGAAGGGAUCUACCGGACAGAGAAGGACAAAGGCACCCUAUACGAGCUCACCUUUAGGGGCGACCAGAAGCACGAGUUCAAGCGCCUCGUUCUGUUUCGACCGUUCGGCCCCAUCAUGAAGGUGAGGAAGGAGAAGCUCAACAUGGCAAGCACGCUGAUCAACAUCAUCGUGCCGCUGGCCAGGCGGGUGGACAAGUUCCGGCAGUUCAUGCAGAACUUCAGGGAGACGUGCAUCCAGCAGGAUGGGCGAGUCCAUCUCACCGUCGUCUACUUUGGGAAAGAAGAAAUGAGCGAAGUCAAAGGAAUCCUUGAAAACACCUCCAGGGCUGCCAACUUCAGGAACUUCACCUUCAUCCAGCUGAGCGGAGAAUUUUCUCGAGGAAAGGGACUCGAUGUCGGAGCCCGCUACUGGAAAGGAAGCAACGUUCUCCUUUUCUUCUGUGACGUUGACAUCCACUUCACCUCGGAAUUCCUGAAUACAUGCAGGCUGAACACGCAGCCAGGGAAGAAGGUGUUUUACCCCGUUCUUUUCAGUCAGUAUAAUCCUGGCAUAAUCUACGGGCAUCACGACACAGUCCCCCCCUUGGAGCAGCAGCUGGUCAUCAAGAAGGAAACUGGAUUUUGGAGAGACUUUGGAUUCGGGAUGACAUGCCAGUAUCGGUCCGACUUCAUCAACAUAGGCGGGUUCGACCUGGACAUCAAGGGCUGGGGCGGGGAGGACGUGCACCUCUACCGCAAGUACCUGCACAGCAACCUGGUCGUGGUGCGCACGCCCGUGCGCGGGCUCUUCCACCUGUGGCACGAGAAGCACUGCCUGGACGAGCUGGCGCCCGAGCAGUACAGGAUGUGCAUGCAGUCCAAGGCCAUGAACGAGGCGUCCCACGGGCAGCUGGGGAUGCUCGUCUUCCGGCACGAGAUCGAGGCACACCUCCGCAGACAGAGACAGAAGACGAGCAGCAGGAAAACAUGAACCGUCCCGGGGCGGAGUGGGGAAACAUUUGCUUUUUCUUUUCCUUUUGCCAUGAAGGAAUGAGUGGCUGGAUCAAGGAAAAGACUUCGAUAAAGCUCAAAAGAAAAAAAAAAAAGAACUUGAUUGCCGAGUUAAAGAUGCGAGGAGAGUUUGCCACGUCUCUGUUUGGGAAAGGGAAAUCUGUGCUUGGUCUGCAGAAGCAGCCCCGGUGCACGCUGGGAGCGUGUGCACAGGCAGCGUGAUGGGGAGAGGAUAAAGCUAACGUGUGGAGGCGUUGGUGUGCACGGCAGAUGAGAUCUGUUGUUUUCUUUGCUCACAGAAAUGUUCCUGAAUUAAGGCCAGUGUGGCAGGAGUUCAUGAGAAUGAAAGGCAAGCUGAUUUCUCCCCGUCUUCGUAAUUGGAACACUCCAGUUUCCAGGAAGGCUAAGCACUCAGGCAGGAAGGAGGCCGUGGGCAGGCGAGGUUGCACUCCUCAUGCUCUUCACGCGUGCGCGUGAACCACAUGUCCCAGGACAGAAACCAUCAACGCAUAGAUAUCUUGUCCUUUUUGCCCAAGAUUAACCAAAAGUGAUCUGCUUUUUCUUUUCUUUUUUUUAAUUUUGCUCUUGGACACAUCAGCUCACCAGAGAGAGACACAGAGAGAGGGAAAGUGAGAAAUUACCGUCUAGGGGAG